ACAAUAAAAUCACAGAGUGGGAAACUGGAUACAAGAACUAAUACUACUAUAAAAAAAUACAAAAAAAUACAAAUGAAAUAAAACCGCAUGCUCCUACUAAUACUAAUACUAAUACUGCCUAAUAAUACUACUAUAUGAUAAAAAUGCUAAAGGAAAAGGUGCGUCUUUAGCUUUGAUUUUAAAAUGUCCAACGACUUGGAGUCUCUGACUUCAAAUGGCAAUGCAUUCCAGAGUUUUGGUGCUGCUCAAGUAAACGACCCGUCACCAAGUGUCGCUUUAGAUAUAAAUGCGGGUUGCUUAAAAGGUGGCUCGAUACAGUUUUUCAGGGUGAAUACCUGCCAAGUUUGAGCAUAAACUACGUCGCCAUAAACAAAGUUUUGGAAAAAUUGCCACAACAGUUGUAUUAGAUAAAGAUGAAAAUUUGUCAUGAUCAGGGUUGCAACGGCAUCGGAGUUGUCAUAGCAACGAAAUGACGGUAUUACCUGUUUUACUUGCCGCAGUAUAUCUCGGCGCUGGGAACUGCUCUUCCAAAAUCGUGACAGAACAGGGAAGAGAUCAUUGCUGAAUAAAUAAUGUUGAAGUUGCUUGGCGACCGCAGUCUCCACAAUUUUUGAGGCAUAUGCGAGGUUACUCACAGGUGUAUAGUUCUUAAAGAAGGGAUCGAGACCCUCCUUCUUUUGCAGUGUUUUAACAAAGCGCGCUUUCAGAUAAGAGGAAAAUAGCCUAAUUCCAGCGAACGGUUAAUUUCGUAAUUGGAGGAGGUAAUACAUCAAGACACUCAGUAAAAAGCCUAGUAGGAUUUGAGUUAAGAGAACAAGUCGUCUUUGUAGAUGAUUUGAUUAAUUCAUGAACUUCGGUUUUAGAAAGAAGACGAAAUUCAGAAAAAGAGGGGCCUUCAAGUGCAAAGUGGGAUUCGCCAACGUCGGAAGUGCUACCCUGACGAGCAAUCUCAAGCCGAAUGGAGUUAAUUUUGUCACGGAAGAACUUGUCAAAAUCUUUAGCCAUUAAUUGAUUAAUAUCGGAAUGUAGAGGGAGACUGGCACACUUCGAUAGGUUAAGCAGUGAUUUACAUGCAGUGAACAGUUUCCUCUCGUUGAGACAGUUUUCAACUAAAUUUUUCAAUUACAUCCAAAACUCAAAAGUACACGCAUUUUGGGCUCGUCCACGACAAGUAGAAGGAAUUAAGAGAUAAACAGGGAAAUAAACAAUCUAAAUAUCGUGAAUCUGUACAUAUUUAUAAUCUCUUUGUUUUUUUUUUUUCAUAGUUGGUCUUUUGGUGUUGUUCUUUGGGAAAUGGCUACCUUGGGUGAGUGGACGGUAAUUUUGCAGUUUAUUGUUCUCAUGUUAAUUUUGAGGUGACUGACAAAUAAAAAAAAAACAUUUUCCAUGGUCUAUGACUCUUAUCGACCGUAGAAAUGAUGUCAAAAUGUUGAAAACUCAUGUACCACUCGCAGGAUAAUGGUUUCACACUGCAAAGUUUUGAGCUUCCAAGGGAAUUAAGCUAGGGGACCGUGCCUGAACCCACCUUUCCCCUUUUGCCAUGGUGCGAUGUAACGACUGUUAUCAAGGUUACUGCUACCAGGAAGGGCGAAAACAAUGUUUCAUAAUGUUUCAUUUGCGGCAAGUUUGAAUUUUCUUGUUUGAUCUGGGCUCUGUUUUAAUUGAUUAAGUGCUAUGAGACGUCUCCUAGUUGAUAACCGUAUGUGACAACACGUAUUAUUAUACAUCAGACUCACUAUGAAAAAUCUGAUAGGUCGAGAGCAUUCAAUCAAUUCACAAUAGCUCGUGAACUUGACAUGAUAAAUGCAAUAUCUGCUGCAGAUAUUGCAUUUAUCAUGCCAAGUUCAACGUCUGGCUGGUUACCAAGCUCCUUGGAGUGUUCUCCUCAGAAACAGAAUGGCUGAAUGUCUUCUUUUGCCUAUUGUUUAAAAAAUGUAUAAUAAAACAAUUAUUGAAUUCGGUUUUCGCAUGAUAUCAUGAAUUAUCAAAACCUCGUGUCUGUAUUAUCUGAUAACACAUACCUCGGUUUUGAUAAUUCAUGAUAUCAUGCUCAACCUCAUCCAAUAAUUGUUUAUUAAAUUUGCGAGCAUUUCAGUGAUGACUGGAAACGAGAGCCUUAUUGUUAAUCACCCUGCCUUCUUUUAUUACACAUUUAAAUGCACUGGCUAUAUAUCAGACCUCCCUUCAAUCAACCAUUUUUGCAAAAUGGCCUUAUUGAGUUUAUAUAAGGAGAAGUGACAAUCGACUAAGAAGGCAUCUUUAAUAGAAAUCUGUCUAAUGGAAAAUUGCAUGUAUUCAGUUGCCGAUAUGUAAUCAUUUAUUUUGUUUCUCGCAAUCGUCAGGAGGCGUACCAUACCCCACGCUGACCAACUCAGAGUUGUAUCGACUGCUCGGUACUGGUUAUCGCAUGGAAAGGCCUGACAUGUGCUCCGAUGACGUGUACGUUUCUUGAUUAGAGUGGUCUUAGAUUUAACAGAUUCGAUUUUUCUAUGCGUCUGCUCAGUUACAUUUCACACCGAGCUGUACAGCAUACAAAUUCGUCAAAUAUUUUAACGCCUUCUUUGAUCAUAUUCAAUACUGACCAGACGGGCGGCAACGGAAAACUUUUGUUAAGAUCCUCACUCUUUGAACAAGGAAACCCUCCAAGCUUUAUGGUCAAUAAAGGCAACAUUAGCGGUGAUCAGGUUAAUCUCUUUCUUGGGCCGGGAGAGUACUCCCUGUACUGGGGAGGCACCCCCCAAAAGGGGUACCUCUCUCAGUCUUCUGGUGUAGGAAUUUUGCUAGUCGAAGUAUAUGAUCUGUAAAAUGACUUAAGAGAACCAGAUAAGAUUUUUUGGCUGUGAAAAAGUCGAGCAAAUUUUCUAGUUUGUUAUUUAUUCAUAUUAAAAAGGAAGUGCAUUUUUCAGCAAUGAAAAGCUUAAGGGAUAAAGUUAAAGUUCUUUUCUGUCAAAAACGAUACUCAAAAGGAUAAGGGGUUGGACCUGGGGGCAGAGAUCUAAAUAAUAACGGCUGGAUGAAGGAAUGGGGAAUCACGUGAUAACCUAAACGUUCCAAGAGCCCAUUUUAAUGGGCUUUACGUGGAAGCUUCACCCAAAAGGAGUACCUUUUUAGGCCACAUGUAUAUGGAAAGGUAGGAAUUUCACGAGUAUGAAAUGUGUGAAAUGGUACGACAUUUUGUACCUUCGGUAAUUUACAUUAAAGAUAUUUUAAACAGAUGCACCUUUAUUGUAGGCUUUAUGUUAAGGGUUUAAUGGCUUAAAAAGUGAAGUAGUCGUACCAUUUUUCAAGGUAGGCAGGAAAGGAAUGUAUAUGAAAGGGGUACCUUUUCUGUCAAAAAUGCUGUAUAAAAGGGGUUGGACCUCAGGGUGGAGCCUCCCUGUAAACUCAUGAAGCUAAGAAGCCCAUAUAUUCUACUAAAAAAAUUUCUUUUAUUCCAAUAGACCUCCUUCGCUUGAAUGUUUUGUUUUCCCAAUAUUUGUCAUGUCUAACGGUCCAAUUCCCCUGGGACCUCUUUUUGGAAACCAAAACAUACAAGCUAUAAAGAGGUCUAUUGACACUGUCUAAUAAUUGACUGGAGCUCUUCUAAGCAUUGAAUAGUUCUUUUUUUCUAUUCAUAACAGAUAUGAGCUGAUUACUGAAUGUUGGAACGAAGACCCUUCCAUUCGUCCCAGUUUCUACCGUUUGAUCGAAAAAAUGGAGGUGAUAAUGGAAAGGGAUGCACCAUAUUUGGAUGUAAACAAACACAAUGAAUAUCAUCCGUAUUACAACGUGCCACCUGAAGCUAGUGCUGAUUGA